GAACAAUGCUGCUGCAAUAAAAUAGAGCUGCUUGUCAUAUUUAACUUCAAUUGCCGUUCAUCAUACAUUUUUCUGACAGACAGAAACACCACAUGCGUAUAUUAUUGUGUUUUAACUGAGAAGAUGCAGGUAUGUGGGAGUGGCCUGGGGUACCUCCCCAUCUGUUUGGUACUGGUAUCUAUUGGAACAUUCGUCGGAUCCUACAUCAUAGCCAUCCUCAACAAAGACAUUGCACCAUACUUUCCUUAUAUCAGUGACACAGGAACAAAGCCUCCAGAGAGCUGUAUAUUUGGGCAAUUCCUAAACAUUGCUGCAACCAUAGCUUUUUGUACGAUGUACGUUCGUUACAAGUUGGUGGAGAGUUUGACAGGACAUGAGGAUGGCCGACUACGAAGACUAAAUAAAGCAGGCCUUGUACUCGGAAUUCUCAGUUCUCUCGGGUUAAGCAUUGUUGCCAAUUUUCAGGAAACUGUUGUUGAACCAGUCCAUCUGACGGGAGCAAGUCUUGUACUAGGCUGUGGAGUCCUUUACGAAUUCGUCCAAACUUUUCUUACCUACCAUAUGCAUCCAGAAUUCAACGGACAAUCUAUUGCACGCGUGCGACUGGCUUUAUCUAUAACCUCAGCGAUCAGCAUGGUGAUGGCAUUUACUGCAGCGGGAAUAUCAAGAUAUCAAACUGACACAAAAGACAAACUACACUGGAAACCAUCUGAGAAGGGUUUUGAUGCUCAUAUUGUGAGUACAAUAUCAGAGUGGAUAACGGCUGUGGUAUUUCUUUUCUUCUUCUUCACCUAUGUCAGAGACUUUCAGAAAGUGCGCGUUGAAGUUAACGCUAAACUCAGCGUGAGACAUUUGGACGAACAGCCAUUAUAUAUACCGGAUGAAAGGUCGCCACUGCUUGCAUAGAAAGUUCUGUAAGGACGGUGGAUGGUAAAGGUGCAUAUACAUGGCUGUUUUUUCUGCAAAUUAAUUACAGGAAAAAAAUGUUAAAAAAAAAAUUAAUCAAAUUUUUAAGAAAAUUUAUCAACUACACAAAUUCUGCACAUUUUACAAAGUUGC